CAAUGAUUGUGUAAGCAAAUCGGAUCCUGGAAUAUGAUACGGCAAGAAGGUGGACUUCGUGCAGGGUAAGGGCGCCUGCUGCCGGCCACAGGAUGGCCGAUCACAGCGGGACAAGCGCUUGAUCCGGGGCGGCUGAUAAUGGCGGGGCUGUGCUUUGGAUCCAGGUGAUUCUUGCUGCGGGCCUAGGCGUUGGUUUGAUUGUUGUUCAGGGUUCUGAGCGACAAUUCACCCGAGGCGAGAAGAAUGGUCAUCGGCAUUCCACUUUCACCACCAAAGUUCAGUCACAUGCAUUGACGAUAUUAAUGACUGACGUGCAAGAUCGAGUAUCACAUACCAUGCUCCCCGUCGAACAUAUGGCUCUGGCAGUUCAAUCAUUCAGCUCUCCACCUUCAUUGACUCCGACUCCAGUCAUCUUUCCACCCAAAGAUAUCAGCGAGACUUACACCCAUGCAUCGUAUUCCAAGGAGUCCAUUCCUGAGCUUGUCAACAACGACCAGGGUAAUUGGAUGUUCUCGCUGAAUGUUCUCAUCCCAGACGAGAUGGUCUACCCGACCCUCACGUCGCUUGAAUAUACCAUUAAAUACGGCACAGCGAACGGACAGGGCACAUCUACGAUUCAAACAAGCAUAUUACUCACCAAGGCCUCUAACUCCAGCUCAGACGUCGAAUCCACACGUGUUCUUGAUGGGAUUAUCACCAAUACCCCCAAGAUAUCCAUUUAUCGCACUGGGGUAGGAUUCCCUCCACAGAUACUCAAUGGUGUGCCUACCGUGUGCCUCUUAUCGGUGCCAGCAGUCAAGGAGAACUGCAACACUAGUCAGUGGAACCACUACGUCGACCGACAGCAAUUCCUCCCUCAUGUCCGCAUCAUCGAGGCCAGCCGCUUGUACUUGCAGUUGCAUGUUGCUGAAAGUUCAUCUCCUAUCAUGCUACGCUCCCUCGUUGCGGAGGUGUCUGCCACUUGGGUUGAGGAUCUGCAGGGGAAAGUCUUGCACGACAAGAUCCAGGCAGCUCGAAUGAGGAAGGCGGUCGCGGAGAGUAAGAGAGCAGAGGAUGAGCAAGCGAGAUUGCAAGCUGAACGCAAGUCUGCUCAGGCUAAACUGGCGAGAAGUAAAGCCGAAGAGGAAGAGAAGUCAGCCAAGAAGAAGUCGGAAUAUGAUCAGCUGGCGAAAAAGCUGGCGGAUGAGCAGGCAGACAGACAUAGAAUCGCCAAAGAACAAGCGGUCGCCCUCGUUGAAACCCAUAGCGUUGCGAAGAAAGCUGCUGAUGCCGCUGCUCAUCAGCUGAACAUCAGGCAAGAGUAGCAGCGAACACCAGAAUAAGAGCCCAGAAGUAGAGGAACGGUGGGUCUGCAGUUGAGAAGUUCCAGUGCGAAUAAGACGCUAAGCCCUCCAAGCAGGCUAGUAAUACGUAAUAGCGUUCCUCGGGACUCUUUCUCGUCUUUUAGUGUUAUUUUCAAUCGUUUUGCGCCGUGCUUGUCCAAAUCCUUUGUCCACUAGCCAAUGGCCCGGGCAGUUUUUUGCAUGUACUAGAAUCGCCAGUACUUAUAGUAUCAAAUUCGUGGGAUGAAAGGAACUGUGACUGAACUGGAUCUUCUGAGCGAGGUG